AUGUCUGAAAUUCGAAAUUCAAAGUUGAAUUCACGAAACUCUUUUGAACAUUCUUUUACAAAAGAAAAUAUGUCUCGUAAAAAACAAAAGCUAUCAACUCAUUCUGAUGAUGAACUUGAUCAAAGUCUUAUAACAAUGGUUAAACAAUACAUAUUAGAUACUAAAAUUUCAUCAUCUAAUAAUACACCUUUUAAAGAUAUAUCAUCUACUUACAGAAUCAAAAAUGAUCCAAAUCAAAUUAUGAAAAGGAAGUUUAUUUAUUCAGAUGAUGAAGAUAAUAUAUCAACUAUUAAUGACGAUGAUAGUACUACUGUUGGUGGUGACGAUGAUGAAGCAACAAUCAUUGCUAAUGAAGAAUCCAUCAUUGAUAGUAAAGUAAACAUCGAUAGUGAAAUAACCAUUUAUAAGAACGAAAUAAUCAUUGAUAAAAAUGAAACGAUCAUUGAUAAAAAUGAAACCAUUGAUAAGACAGAAACAACCAUUGAUAGAACAGAAACAACAAUUGAUAAGAAAGAAACAACCAUUAACAAGACAAUCAUUAAUAAGACAAUCAUUGAUAAGGCAACCAUUGAUAAGACAAUCAUUGAUAAGAAUGACAGGAAUGUACUUGUUACAGAAGAAUUGCCGAAAGAUGAGAAUCGAAGAUUGAUAUUGGAAUAUGAAUCAGAAUGGGAAAAGUACAAGAUUACAAAAAGAGAGUAUGAAUUUAUGAACGAACAAUUGUUGUUACGCGAAAAAAAAUUGAAAAAAAUCAAAAGUUUGUUGGGAUUUUGUGACUGCACAGUAGAAUGUUUAGAUAGGAAAUAA